UAUAUACGGUGACUGAACGUUAGCCAGCCAAUACGUGUUUGAGCGCAGCCCGGACAGCUGCGGCACACGUUUCUCGCCGUUUUGUGUGACCAGUUAUAUUUUGUGAUUGUCGCGUAUUAAAAGGAUCACAUAAAAUGUUGGAGAAUGAAACAAAAGAUGCUGGGAAUCAGAAGGAAGUAGACCCAAUGACCAAGGCUAUAGGAGCAAUCGGAAAAUGGCAAUUAUGGAUAUGUUUCGUCGUAUUCCUCGUAAAAUUCCCUGUAGCCUGGCAUCAAAUGAGUAUUAUAUUCCUUGCACCUCCCAUGGGCUACACUUGUUCAAAUAAUGAUACUUUUGACAAACAAUGUUUCUCUAAUUGCACCAAAUACAAAUAUGAUCAUAGUGUAUUUGGUGAUACCAUCAUAUCACAGUGGGAUCUCAUCUGCGACAGAGCAUGGCUCAAAAACCUCACUCAAACUAUAUUUAUGCUUGGCAUUCUUGUUGGCAAUAUGGUCUUUGGACAUCUUUCCGAUAGGUUUGGGAGAAGAACGCCGUUUUUGAUAGCGGUAUUUCUGCAACUCCUGGCAGGAGUGACAACAGCUUAUUCAGUGAAUUGGUAUAUGUUCACCGCACUACGGUUCCUUCUGGCCGUCGCUACUGGCGGGACAAUGGUCACAAGCUUCGUUCUUACCAUGGAGUUAAUCGGCACAAAAUAUAGAGACAUGAUUGGAAUAAUUUAUCAAAUACCAUUUAACCUCGGACAUUUAACGUUGCCUUUGUUUGGAUACUAUUUACGAAACUGGAACACGUUUCAAUUAGCAAUAUCACUGCCUUCUAUCUUAUUUCUAAGUUAUUACUUUUUACUCCCCGAAUCGCCAAGAUGGCUAAUGACCGCAGGAAGAGUUGAUGAUGCUCUCAAAAUUUUAAAAACAGCAGCGAAAAGGAAUGGACGACCAACGGAAAAUAUAGAAUCUUCUAUUCAAAAGAUGGUUGUUGAAGUCAGCAGUGUUCAAGAGCGGGCGUCUUUCCUUGCCUUGUUCCGAACACCACGCCUACGAGCACGCACAAUCGCCAUUUGUUUCAAUUGGUUCGUUUGUGGAUUUUGCUUCUUCGGUGUUUCGCAAUAUAUUGGCCACGUCUCAGGGAAUAUAUUCUCCAAUGUCGCGAUCUCUGCCGCUAUAUUGGUGCCGGGUACAUUAAUUUCAAUAUACGCUAACAAGGUCCUCGGAAGAAAGAUAACUCUCAUGAGCUCUAACUGCGUCACUGGUCUUAGUUGUCUCCUUAUCACCGUCGUGCCUACAUCUACAGCCAGCCAUUUGACCCUCGGCUGUAUCGGAUUAUGGGGCAUGAGCAUAUCAUUUGCAACUGUUUAUUUAUACGCGGGAGAAUUGUUCCCUACUGUUGUUAGAAAUUCUGGAGUUGGUCUCUCGUCUACUGUUGCUAGAGUCGGAUCUAUGGUGGCUCCAUUUGUCGCUACCCUGGCUCAUACAAGCGCUUGGUUACCUCCGCUAGCAUUUGGUAUUGUGCCACUUAUUGGAGCAUGUCUUUGUAUUAUAUUACCAGACACGCGCGGAAAGAAACUACCCGAUACAUUAGAAGAAGGUGAAGCAUAAACGUCGUGAGACUGUUUCGUCUUGAAAGUUAUAUAACAAACUAAAGUAUUUAAAGUAAAUGUUUUAAGCAAAGUUCUCAAAAAUACAUAUCAAAAGCGUUGAAGGUGCAUUAUGGUGUUCAAUAAUAUCCUUUUUGUACCAGAUGACGGUUUUUGUUGUUUUAAAAUAAGUUCAUUGAAAUGUUAUAUCAAUGUCUAUACAAAUAGGCUGUGAUAAUUAGUUUUUAAUGUAAAUGUAUUAAUAAAAUAUUUAUUAAAAAAUUAUAAGAUAA